CCCUUUGCGCCUGUGCACAGGCUGCGGGGGCCGCCCCAGCUACCGCCGCCCCUGCAGCAGCUCUAUCUAUGGUCUCUCCCUAGAGCUUUGCCGUUGGGGGUAGCUGCUGCGGGCUCUGUUCGCCCCGCGCGGCAGCGACAUGGAGGAAUUCGACUCCGAAGACUUCUCCACCUCAGAGGAGGACGAAGACUACGUGCCAUCCGGUGGAGAGUAUAGUGAAGAUGAUGUAAAUGAAUUAGUGAAGGAAGAUGAAGUGGAUGGUGAAGAGCAGACACAGAAAACCAAAGGGAGAAAAAGAAAGGCUCAGAGCGUUCCGGCCAGGAAGAGAAAACAAGGUGGCCUCUCGUUAGAAGAAGAGGACGAGGAGGAUGCCAACGAGGAAUCUGGAGGAAGUAGUAGUGAGGAGGAAGAAGCAGCUGCAGAGCCAGGAAAAGGCAUUGAGUCAGAGGAUGCAAGGAAAAAGAAGGAAGAUGAACUAUGGGCCAGCUUCCUCAAUGACGUAGGACCAAAAUCAAAAGUGCCUCCGCGUACACAAGUUAAAAGAGGAGAGGAGGCUGAAGAGACAAGUUCAAGUAAAUUGUUGGUCAAAGCAGAAGAGCUAGAGAAACCUAAAGAAACAGAAAAAGUUAAAAUCACCAAGGUGUUUGAUUUUGCUGGUGAAGAAGUCAGGGUGACUAAGGAAGUGGAUGCUACAUCUAAAGAAGCCAAAUCCUUCUUCAAGCAAAAUGAGAAAGAAAAACCCCAGGCUAAUGUCCCUUCAGCUCUGCCGUCACUUCCUGCCGGGUCAGGCCCUGGCUCCAAACAACACUGUGCUACACUGGUGUGCAUUUACCCAAAAGCAAACCCUGAGACAAAGGUCUGAAUGCAACUCAUUCGUGUGGGAGGUGAUUCCAGGAAGCCCGAGCAGGGAAGUGAAGAGGCGUGGGAAGGCAGCCAGUGCGGGGUGUACUUUCCAGCCGCUGCUGGUGGUGGCUGCUCCUCAGUCCUGCUGGUAGACUUGCAAGGGCGAGGAGGCUGGGGUAUUUACCCUCCAGCUCCCGUCCGUGCUGGCUCAGCUGCUUCCACGGCGCCCAGGCCACGAGCUGCAGGUGUUUGCAGUGACGCUGCUCUCAGGGUGUCAUGGCGGUGAGUGCAAGGGCGUGUGGAUGGCCUGUGUCCACAUCGGCUGCAUACUUUUUAUCUGCUUCUUAAUCCAAGCAUUUCUCUCCCACUGGAGCAACUAGGUGGCAGAAGUCGUGUAGUAGUUACGCAGGAACCUGAGAAGGAAAAGGAUUUGAGUGCUUGCUACCACAGUGGAAAUUAGGCAAACACCGAGGAAGGCAUCUGUGAGAGGAGCAGAGUAAUGCGAACAGAGUUCUCCAGACUGACCCUCUUAAUACUCUAGGCCAGUACUUUUCAAGCUGUGGUUUGCAAUCAUCAUUU